AAACCAGCGACCCCAUGCCCAUUACACUCACACACUCCCUCUCCCUCCCUCUCUCUCUGUGGAAUCGAUUGCAGCGAAAAUCGAAUCGGAGCGCUUCUCCAGAGGAGGACGCAGCAGGUGGGCAAAAAUGGGUUUGCAGAGCCAAUUGAACGACGUCUCCUCCAAUUCCAUCCCCCUCCUCCUCCUCGCCCUCGCCGCCACCUGCCUCCGCCACCUCCGCUCCUCCCUCUCCUCCCUCCUCCGCUCCCUCGGCCUCCCCCGCCUCUACGCGCCCGGCCCCGGCUCCCCCGCCGCCACCCACGACCCCGCCGACGCGGACGACGACGCGGACGACGACGACGACGACGCCGCCCGCCGCCUCUCCGCCCCCCUCGGCUCCGGCCUCGCCGGCCUGAUCGUCCUCGCCGAGCAGCUCAACCUGAACGGCCUCCUCUCCGACUGGUUCUCCGGCGAGGAGGGCGGCGGGGCGGGGGGCGGCGGGGGCUGCGCGGACUGCUGUAUGGUGUGCCUGUGCGGGCUGAGGGACGGGGACCGCGUGCGGAGGCUGCCGUGCCGCCACGUGUUCCACAAGCGCUGCUUCGACGGAUGGCUCGAUCAGCUCAAGUUCGACUGCCCCGUCUGCCGGUCGAAGCUGGUCCCCGACGAGCGCGUGGAGCUCACCGCCAGGCGCGUGGGCGGGGAGCUGGUGGCCUUCUUCUCCCCGCGGUGAGGCGCGUGUCGAUGGACGCGACUCCCCAUCGUCAUGAUUCCGAUGAUUGAUGGUGAGGGCUGCUUCGCAAAAUUGCCUGCUCUUUUCUUUCUCUCUUUUUUUCGGUAUUUGCAGUUUUGACCCUAGAUUAACUUUUCUGCCACUUCUUGUUCCUCCCAUUUUCUUGUUCGGUCCUUAGAUUGAUUUUUUCUUUUUCAGUUAUGUCCUGCCCCGUUGAUUUUUGAGGAGCUCGUUCGGAGUUCUUUUUAACCGUCGGUGUAAAUUUCUAGGAUGUGCUACCUGUGAUAAAUAAGGAAAAUUGGAGGAUAUAUCUUUUUGUA